AUGAACACAAACGAUCCAUUGCAAGACGCUCAAGGGUCAUCAUCCAUAGUAACAGCACCAACAUUUCAAAAUGCUGUCAACAUACCAGGUGCUAAUGUUAGCAAUCCACAAUUAUCUUUAUCCAAAAAUGAAUUGACAAAUUUACCAUCUUUAACCAGUAUACCCUCAAGUGAUUUGUUGGUACAUCCAUUGAACUCAUCAUCUUCAUCAGCUUCAACUUUUGAGAAAACAUUGAGUGCUACCUCAUCCUAUGCAGAUUCUGUUGAUAGUCAAAGAAAAUCAUCAAAUGAAGAUAAUAAUGCAUCAGCUAUUGUUCAAUUGGCAAGAAGAAGAAGAUCAUCAAAAUCUAAAGAAAAACAUCAGAGGAAGAAUUCAGCAUUGAGCAGACCUCAAGGACGUCCAUUAUCUAAAGAAACAAGAAUCCGUUUGACAUUAGUACCCACACUAGGUAUAUUAUAUUCAAUUUUAGUAUCUGAUACAAUGAGAAAGACUUUGAAAGUUUUGAAUUAUUCAGAUGAGGAGAACGGUAUGCUUUUAACAAAUGAAGAAUUAUCAACAAGAAAUGUCAUAUCUGGGUUUUCAUCUUUGUUGAAUGUUAAAACUGCUAGGUUUAGUGAAGAUGGAUUGAGUUAUAGUCCUGAAAAAAAUGCCAAUAUCCCCAAAUUUGCCUCAAUUGAUGAAGCUGUAUAUAAUUUGUUUGGUUUGAAUGAUUAUACUUUGAUCAGAGUAUCAAGAGCUGCUGCAACUGAAGUUGGUGGAUCUGUUUUAUUGAAAAUUGAAACUGCAAUGCCUGGAUAUCUUUAUUUGAACGAUGAUGAAGAUGAAGAUUAUAAAACAGUGGUGGAAAACAAAGCUAUGUAUCUUGAAGCUAUUGGUUCAAAAGGUGAUCGUCCUUCAACAACUUUUUUGAAGAAAAAGGUUGCAAGACCAAGAUAUAAAUCUGAUAUGAGGAUUUAUCUCAUUCCACGUAUCAAUUCUUGUGCAAUUUAUUGUGAAAAAAGAAUGUUUAAAAGAGAUUUGUUGAGAGGGUUUUUGAAUAUGAACAAAUUGGAUAGAAGUAUUAUUGUUGCUUUCAAUUAUCAAGAAGCUAUUGAAGAAUUGGAAAAAGAAGGAUAUGGUGAUUUGAUUAAAGAGAUGAAGUUGCCAACAGUGGAGGAGUUUAAUAGAUCAGCACAUGUUCCACAUUCUUCUAAUUAUCCAAUGUCAUCAGUUGGACUAUCCAUUUCAAAACAAUCUGAAAUUCAACAUCUUCAACAUCUUCAACAACAACAGCAGCAGCAGCAGCAGCAACAACAACAGCAAUUUAAUCAUGUUCCACCACCACCACAUCAACAACUAUAUCCAGGCUAUCCUAUUCAAAGACCUAAUGAAGUUCCACCCUUUUAUGAUCCAGCCCAACCACAACCACAAUUGAGUUAUGGAUUUCCUCAACAAUCACCUUCUCAAAUUUACCAACUUCCACACCAUCCACAACAACCAUCAUCACAAGCUAACCUGUUUCCACAAUAUAAUUCAUACACAUAUUCUCAAGAAGUGGAACCAAAUCAACAGCCAGCGACACAGCCAGGAUUUAGCUCAAUGGAUCAACAAUUUGUACAACAGCCUAUGGAAGAAAUGGUUGGUGCUCAUGAUCCAAAUCGAAGAAUCAAUUCUCAGUCAGUGAGCUACUUCAAUCAACAGCAAAUGUUUCCCUCUCAAGUUAUGAAUCCAUAUUCUAAUAUACCACAUGGUCAACAUUUUAUCAAUCCAGCAACAGCUGCUCCAACUGCUACUGCUACUGCUCAAUCCUUCCCACCAGCUCAGGACGCCAGUGGCCAGUAUUAUCAAUGA